UCUGUUGCUCUCUGUCUGGUGGCGGAGGGACGCACGAUGUUGCGAGACACUUAAGUAGUUUGCCACCGUCUCCUCAGGUUUUUAUGAUGCUACUUACGGCGUCCCCCGUGGUACUUUCUCGGGGUUUUUUUACGCCUGGAUUUUUCUACCGACCCUGGAGAGCAGAUGAUGACCGAAAGGCAUAGACCGUCUGUCCAGCGGAAGGAAACGAAACGCAACAACGUGUCUUCUUUUAUAGAAAAGUGAAACAACAAGAUCCGCGCAUCCAUAGAGGCGAUCCGCGUCGACGUGAAACACCAUUCAACAAAUGUUUGAUCGGUCCAGGGAGACCUGAUUUUCUAUGGACUGGAGGAAAGAAAAAAAAACAUUAAAACAUUCCGGAUGUUAAUGAAAUAUUAAUGCAACGUUUUUGUAUAAAAAAAAAAAUCCAAGAUGCUGAGUUGAGGAAAAUUACGAUUUGUUAACGUUUUCAUUUAACGUUUAUAUUAUUGAUUUUAUUUUUAUCUAGAUAUUGCUUGUUAAUUGUUUUGUGAUGACUGAUUUUUUUAAAAUAAGGUUCCUACUGGCUUACCGUCGGAUGGAAAAUAUCCGUAUUGAGGGAAGAUGAACUCAUCUAACAAGUUUAAGUGAAAUACAUUGGAAAUAUACUUUUUUCCCUUAAACGGUACAGAAGACGGACUGUACUGCACUAACGCCCAGACCGACAGCCGCCAGUCAACCAGCCAGCCAUACCGUGACAAUUUUAUUCAGUAAUUUAAUUGAAAAGUUGCACUAUUUGCAUACAAAAACAGGGAAAGCUUCUACCGUCAUUCGGACUCAGAUGAGAUCGACUGGAAGGACAUAACAUUUGUAUGUUUAAGUCCUGGAGGAGAAAGGAUGUAAUGUGGUGUGGAUGCAUUGAGUGCUCCUCUCCAUCUCGGCUGCUUCGUAACGAUUGGCGUUUGGUGUCCGUAGAAUGGCGCGGUUUGGAGACGAGGGACCGGCCAGGUACGGCGGCGGACCCGGCCAGGGCGGCUCUGGCCGCGGCGGCGCCGGCGGCGGCGGCGGCAGCAGCAGGCAGGGCGGCCCGCCGGGAGCCCAGAGGAUGUACAAGCAGUCGAUGGCCCAGCGAGCCCGUACCAUGGCCCUUUACAACCCCAUACCGGUCCGGCAGAACUGCCUUACAGUCAACCGGUCCCUCUUUCUCUUCAGCGAGGACAACGUGGUGAGAAAAUACGCCAAAAAGAUCACCGAAUGGCCUCCUUUUGAGUGGAUGAUCCUCACCACCAUCAUCGCCAACUGCAUCGUCCUGGCUCUGGAGCAGCACCUGCCCGAGGACGACAAGACGCCCAUGUCUGCACGCCUGGACGACACGGAGCCCUAUUUCAUCGGCAUCUUCUGCUUCGAGUCGGGCAUCAAGAUCCUGGCCCUGGGCUUCGCCUUCCACAAGGGCUCGUACCUGCGCAACGGCUGGAACGUCAUGGACUUUGUGGUGGUGCUCACUGGGAUCCUGUCGUGGGUGGGGUCAGACUUUGACCUGCGGACUCUGCGUGCUGUCCGAGUGCUGAGGCCCCUCAAACUGGUGUCUGGAAUUCCCAGCCUACAGGUGGUGCUGAAGUCCAUCAUGAAGGCCAUGAUCCCGUUGCUGCAGAUCGGCCUGCUGCUCUUCUUCGCCAUCCUCAUGUUUGCCAUCAUUGGCCUGGAGUUCUACAUGGGCAAGUUCCACUUCACCUGCUACGAGAACGACACCAACGAGACGCUAGAUGAGCUGCCCUGCGGAAUCUCCGAAUCGGCACGCCAAUGCCCCAACGGCACAGAUUGCAAGGGUAACUGGGCGGGUCCCAACUACGGCAUCACACAGUUUGACAACAUCCUAUUCGCCGUGCUCACCGUCUUCCAGUGCAUCACCAUGGAGGGCUGGACCGACCUUCUCUACUACAGCAACGACGCCGCUGGGAGCGCCUGGAACUGGAUGUACUUCAUCCCGCUCAUCAUCAUCGGCUCCUUCUUCAUGCUGAACCUGGUCCUCGGGGUCCUUUCCGGGGAGUUUGCCAAAGAGAGGGAGCGUGUGGAGAACAGGAGCGAGUUUCUCAAGUUAAGGAGGCAGCAGCAGAUUGAGAGGGAACUGAAUGGAUAUCUGGAGUGGAUCUGCAAAGCAGAGGAGGUCAUCUUGGCGGAGGAGGAGAAUGUCACCGGCGACCGAAUGCCCUUUGACGGAUCACGACGAAGACCAACUAUCAAGAAGAGCAAAACCGACCUCCUGAACCCUGAGGAAGGGGAGGACCCCCUGGGGGACAUGACUGUGGGGUCCCCCUUCGCUCGGGCCAGCAUCAAGAGUGGCAAGGAGGGCUCCAACUUCAGCAAGAAGGAGCGUCGCUUACGGUUCUUCAUCCGGCAUAUGGUGAAGACUCAGGCCUUCUACUGGACCGUGCUCAGCCUGGUGGGCCUGAACACGCUGUGCGUGGCCAUCGUGCACUACGACCAGCCGGAGCUGCUCUCCGACUUCCUCUUCUAUGCUGAGUUCAUCUUCCUGGGCCUCUUCAUGCUGGAGAUGCUGAUAAAGAUGUACGGACUGGGCACUCAGCCAUACUUUCACUCCUCCUUCAAUUGCUUCGACUGUGCCGUCAUUGUGGGAAGCAUAUUCGAGGUGAUAUGGGCAAUGAUCAAGCCAGGCACUUCCUUUGGGAUCAGCGUGUUGCGAGCGCUCAGGUUGCUGAGGAUCUUCAAAGUGACCAAAUACUGGUCCUCCUUGCGCAACCUGGUGGUGUCCCUGCUGAACUCGAUGAAGUCCAUCAUCAGCUUGCUGUUCCUGCUCUUCCUCUUCAUUGUGGUUUUCGCCUUGCUGGGCAUGCAGCUCUUCGGGGGCCAGUUCAAUUUUGAGUCAGGCACUCCAUCCACCAACUUUGAUACUUUCCCAGCAGCAAUAAUGACAGUGUUUCAGAUUUUAACAGGAGAGGACUGGAACGUGGUGAUGUACUACGGAAUCAAGUCUCAGGGUGGCGUUAAUAAUGGCAUGAUCUACUCCAUAUUCUUCAUUGUCCUCACGCUCUUUGGGAACUACACUUUGCUCAACGUAUUCUUGGCCAUCGCUGUGGACAACCUGGCCAAUGCACAAGAGCUGACUAAGGAUGAAGAGGAGGAGGAACAAGCCACCAACCAGAAGAUCGCCCUCCAGAAAGCCAAGGAGAUGGCAGAGGUCAGCCCACUGUCGGCAGCCAAUCUCUCCAUCGCGGCAGUGACAGUAAACACUGAGCGUCUCAGCACCACAGAGACUUUUCUGAACUGUAAGGAGCAGCAGAAGAACCAGAGGGCCAGCCAAUCAGUGUGGGAACAGCGGACUAGCGAGAUUCGUAGGCAUAACCUGAUGACGAGUCGUGAGGCGUUAUACAAUGAACUGGACCCCGAGGACCAAUGGAAGCAGGUGGCCUACUCGCGACACAUGAAGACCCACCUGGACCGGCCAUUGGUGGUGGAGAACCGCAACAACAACACCAACAAGACCAGGCCCAGCGACCCAGUGUCUCAGGACCAGCGACUGAGCCAGCAGCGCGCUGAAGAGUUCCUACGCAAGCAGGUGCGCCACAAUGAGCGGGCCGGGGGUGGGGGAGGGGGCGGCAGGUCCUACGAGAGGGCGGACUCCAGGGAGCAGUACCGGGGCCCCCACAGCCAGAGCCAGCUGUCACUCAACCACCUGGACUGUCCAGAAGGCCGUAGCUGUGAGCCAUACCGCAGGCAGCCCCACAGGAAUCCAGCAGGCCGGCCCAGGGAAGGCCGCAGCCGGACCCCAUGCGGAGAGGGGGGGGGCCCGCCAGAGCAGUGGCGGCCCCGACAGCACCGCCGGCCACUGGAGGACGAGGACGGAGGAGGGGGAGGCCGGGGGGCCAGGCGCCGAGGACCCGAUGAGGUGGAGGACGGCGACAAUGCAGACGCCAUGGAGAGGAGGCCGAGGCGAAGUCGACACGGUGUGCAAUCCAGCGCCGACAACGACGGGAGGAGGGACAGGGAGCACAUGCGGCCUCACCGCCCCAGGAAAGAGGGCCAGGGCAACGGCCCCUACCUGUCCACCAUGCGGCCGGUCCAGCAAGGACUUCCCCGGCAGGACAGCCAGCGUAGUGAGGACAUGGACAACGUGAAGAACAGCCAGCUGGCCACGCAGGCCCCGGGCAUGAGGACCGCGGUGGGACUCAGCCGCAGCCCCUCCCCGCCAGCCCUGCCUGCCAUUAACGCUGGGGAGCUCGGGGCUCCCAUCUCCUGUCCCCAGGUGCCUGCCGGUAACCCCGGGAGAGCCCCCGAGGGUGGUUUUGUCCCCAUGUGCCCCGACAACUUAAGGAAGAGCGUGGCCAACAAGCUGGAGCACACAGUGUUGGACAUGCCUCCUGUGUACCCCUCCAGCAAUGCCAUCCUGCAGGUGAACAAGAACGCCAACACGGAACCGGCACCUAAGAAGGACGAGGAAAAGAAGGAGGGCGAGGAUGGAGACGGAGAGGGCGACGAAGACGGGCCCAAACCCAUGCCCCCCUACAGCUCCAUGUUCAUCCUGUCCACCACCAACCCCUUCCGCAGGAUGUGCCACUACAUCGUGACGCUGCGCUACUUCGAGAUGUGCAUCCUGUCCGUCAUCGCCAUGAGCAGCAUUGCCCUGGCGGCGGAGGACCCCAUUCAGCCAGAUUCCCCCCGCAAUAAUGUGCUGCGGUACUUCGACUAUGUGUUCACCGGCGUGUUCACGUUUGAGAUGCUCAUCAAGAUGGUGGUCCUAGGCUUGGUCCUGCACCAGGGCUCCUAUUUCCGCGACCUGUGGAACAUCCUGGACUUUAUAGUGGUUAGUGGUGCCCUGGUGGCCUUCGCCUUCACGAGCAGCACCCGGGGGAGCAGUAAGGGGAAAGACAUAAGCACUAUCAAGUCCCUGCGAGUGCUGAGGGUGCUGCGUCCUCUGAAGACCAUAAAACGUCUGCCCAAACUCAAGGCUGUGUUCGACUGUGUGGUGAACUCUCUGAAGAAUGUCCUCAACAUCUUGAUCGUCUACAUGCUCUUCAUGUUCAUCUUUGCCGUGGUGGCCGUGCAGCUGUUCAAGGGCCGUUUUUUCUACUGCUCCGACGAGUCCAAGGAGUUUGAGCAUGACUGCAGGGGGAAAUAUCUGGUGUAUGAAAAGGAGGUGGUCAGGUCAGAGAAACGGGAGUGGAAAAAGUAUGAUUUCCACUAUGACAACGUCCUUUGGGCCCUGCUUACCCUCUUCACUGUGUCUACUGGAGAGGGAUGGCCAGACGUUCUGAAACAUUCCGUGGAUGCGACUUAUGAGAAUCAGGGCCCGAGCCCGGGUUACCGCAUGGAGAUGUCCAUCUUCUACGUGGUCUACUUCGUUGUAUUCCCCUUUUUCUUCGUCAACAUCUUUGUGGCCCUCAUCAUCAUCACCUUCCAGGAGCAGGGAGACAAAAUGAUGGAAGACUACAGCUUGGAAAAGAACGAGAGAGCCUGCAUAGACUUUGCCAUCAAUGCCAAGCCUCUAACGCGUCACAUGCCACAGAACAAGCAGAGCUUUCAGUACCGGAUGUGGCAGUUUGUGGUGUCUCCCCCGUUUGAGUACACCAUCAUGGCCAUGAUCGCUCUCAACACCAUCGUCCUCAUGAUGAAGUAUGACGGAUCCUCCAACGAAUAUGACGUGGUUCUGAAGUACCUCAACAUUGUAUUCACCUCCCUCUUCUCCAUGGAGUGCGUGCUGAAGAUCAUUGCCUUUGGAUUUCUGAAUUAUUUCAAAGAUGCGUGGAAUAUUUUCGAUUGUGUCACAGUCCUUGGGAGCAUCACUGACAUUUUAGUGACAGAGAUAUGGCAACCGGAGAACUUCAUCAACCUGAGCUUCUUGCGGCUCUUCCGGGCGGCCCGCCUCAUCAAACUUCUCAGGCAGGGAGAAACCAUCCGCAUCCUGCUGUGGACCUUCGUACAGUCCUUCAAGGCGCUGCCCUAUGUCUGCCUGCUUAUUGCCAUGCUUUUCUUCAUCUACGCCAUCAUUGGGAUGCAGCUGUUUGGGAACCUCGCCCUCAUCGAGGACGAUGACAGUGCGAUCAACGAGCACAAUAACUUCCGGACCUUUGUUAUGGCCCUCAUGCUGCUCUUCAGGAGCGCUACAGGAGAGGCAUGGCAUGAAAUCAUGCUGGCAUGUCUUGGAGGGAAGGAAUGCGAUCCACGUUCUGGCAAUGUUAACCCGGAGUGUGGCAGCGAGUUUGCUUAUGUCUACUUUGUCUCCUUCAUCUUCCUCUGCUCGUUCCUGAUGUUGAACCUCUUUGUGGCUGUCAUCAUGGACAACUUUGAGUACUUGACAAGGGACUCAUCCAUCUUGGGACCUCACCACCUGGACGAGUAUGUUAGGAUUUGGGCCGAGUAUGAUCCUGCUGCCUGCGGGCGCAUUCAUUAUAAGGAUAUGUACAGUUUAUUGCGAGUUAUCGACCCCCCCCUGGGCUUAGGCAAGAAAUGCCCCCAUAGGGUGGCCUGCAAGAGAUUGCUAAGGAUGGACCUGCCAGUCGGUGACGACAACACUGUCUAUUUCAACUCUACCCUCAUGGCCUUAAUCCGCACAGCGCUGGAUAUCAAGAUAGCCAAGGGGGGCGCAGACAAACACCAGAUGGAUGCAGAGCUGCGGAAAGAGAUGAUGGCCAUAUGGCCCAACCUCUCUCAGAAGAACCUGGACAUGCUGGUUACCCCGCACAAGGCAACCGACUUGACCGUAGGGAAGAUCUAUGCAGCCAUGAUGAUCAUGGAGUACUACCGACAGAGCAAGGCUAAGAAGCUUCAGGCUCUGAGGGAGGAGCAGAACCGAACGCCGUUAAUGUUUCAACGCAUGGAGCCACCUUCCCCAGCUAAGGACGGAGGCCAAGGAGUCACCCUCCCCCCGGAAACACGUCCAGAACCAGUCAGCGCUUUGCCCCCAGCGGGAGGCAUGAUAGACAGCCAGCCUUGGGUGGGUUCACGCUCACAGGAGAUGUUCCGGAAAGCUGACAGCUGGAGUCCAGAGAGGCCACACCUGGAUGACUUGCACAGCAACCAGCAUGACCCUGGGACAGUAGAGAUGAGAGAGAUGAGGCGUGAUGGUUACUCGGACAGUGACCACUGCCCCCCAGUGGAAGGGCAUGGGAGGGCCACUUCCAUGCCCCGGCUUUCAGCAGACUACCAACAGCGGAGACGACCCAGACCCCAUGGAAAUAACCUCAGUGGACGUUCCGGGAGGGGCAUGCAGCUGGACGACUACUCGCUGGAGAGGGUGAUCCCCGAGGACGGCCAGAGGCACGGGCACCGGCACCACGAGCGGAGCCACCUAGCCUCCCAGAGGUCGCUGAGCCGCUACACCGACGCAGACACAGGGCUCGGCACCGACCUCAGCACCACCACGCAGUCAGGGGACCUACCGGCCAAGGACCGGGACCGGGAACGCGGCCGCGCCAAGGACCGGCGACACCACCACCACCACCAUCACCACCACAGCUCCAUGGACAAGGAACAUUACGGGCACGAGCGAGGAGAGCCCGGCCGCCGGCUCCACGACAGAGACCGCCACUGGUCCCGCUCUCCCAGCGAGGGCCGGACCCACAGACAGGGCAGUAGUUCUGUGAGCGGGAGUCCCGUCCCCUCGACCUCCGGCACCAGCACGCCCCGGCACGGCCGCCGCCAGCUGCCCCCCACCCCCUCAACACCCCGGCCACAUGUCACCUACUCCCCCGUGGUCCGUAAGGGCGCCAAUCCCCCCCAGGGGGGCCAGCAGAGCCGACUGGCCUCCCCCACCCUUCGCCGUUUUUCUCCCGAGCCCAAGCAAGGCUCCCCACGCUCUGGCCGCCACGCCCACCACUGGGCUCCCCCCACGGACAAUGACAGCGCCCCCUAUAGCCAGGACUACAAGUACGACCGGCACGAGCCACCCGCCUAUGACCAGGGCACCCCCCAGGGCAACCCGCACCCACACUCACCUAGGACUUCCCGCCAUCCACCCAACCCCCACGUCCACCCGCCCCCCCGCCGUCUGCCCAAUGGCUACCGCUCAACCUCACCCUCCCCCCACCGACGCAGCCCCCACCUGGCAACUCACCGCCCCCCCAACCCGAGAGGACCCAGAAAAGGACCUCAUGAACCGUACAGUGAGACCGAUGAAGACGACUGGUGCUAGCCACGGGGGCAGGUGGGGAGGUGCUGUGGGGCUCCUGGAUCCAUGAGAAGGUGGAGUGAGAGGCAGUAGCUUGAGGAGACCUUGAACUGCAAAGCGGGAGAGGCGGCAUGUUGGUUUGUUUUUUUUUUUUUGUCUUUUCCAUCCGCUGGAGAAAUGGGGAGGCGGUCUCAGGAGAUCACCGGGCGGAGGAAGCCGGAGCAGAGGGGAGACGCAGGCAUGAGAGAAGCCGCGUCGCUCUGCACUGGAUGCUAAAGGCUACAGGCUAGCUGUCUGGAAGCACCUUCACGUGAGGUUAUGGAAAGGCCCCCUCUACCACCAGAAACAUUCCGGCUUUUUAUUGAUACGUACUUUCAGGAUUUCAUUCAUUCGGCAUUAAAUACAUUGAGCACUAACAUGUUAGAGGUACGACUCAGUGCACUAAGCAGGAGUAAACAGCUAAGAAAUAACAAAAUGUGAAUUUGUGCUGUACGGCACACAACAAAACUUAUAUUUUUGUGUAUGAAGCAUGAAAAAAAUAUAUAUAUUUAGCGUACAUUUCUAUAAAUGUUUCAAACAAUAUGAUGUUUGGGUCAUUUCCACUGAGACGGUGGGAGCAUGGGCUUAACUAACCGUGCUGUUAAUAUACCAAUGUGCUUAUCACAGCACCCCUACUGGUAUUCUGUCUUGGUACACCAACAUCCACUUCCUGUCCGAGUGAAACACUUCCGGGUCGAGCUGCCGCCGCCUGAUAUGAAGGUGCUGUCCGACGCCUAGCCCAGAGCUUAUUGGCUGUUCCCAGUACGGCAGGAAAUAUCCCCCCCCACCCCGUAAUGCACGACCUACCCCCAAAGCAAACACACGCACACAUCCUUGUCCCGUUUCCAUGGGAACUAAGAAAAAACAACAAAAACACACCCUUUGCCUCCAAGAAAACAACCUUGGAAAAAAAAUAACUGAAAGGGAGAACGGCCACUUUUCCUUCAAAGACUGAACUGCAUUUACUGCAAAAACCAACCUCCAUGUUGGCCGGUUUCGAUGAGUUUUAUCAUCACUGUUUACUGUUAGUCACACUAAUGCUGACUGUGACUUCAGCUCCCCUUUCGGGCAGCAGUGUAGCACGGCGACAUCAGGACAGUGUUUUGGGGGGGGGGGGUUGGGCGGAUGUAAAGAUGAAUGCCUUCUGCCACCCGCCCCCCUACCCCCCACUUUCCAUAGUCCCUUAUACUGGGCCAAACCAGGAGAACGAUGGAAAAGAAGGAAGGGGUUCGCCUGGGAAAAAAAAAACUGACAAAUCAUUAAGUAUUUCUUCUAUUGCUUCGUCUAAUUCUACUUGAACAUUCGAGCUUGAUUAUUUUGUUGCACCUGUUCAGCCUUGUUUGACCCUUUAGAGUAAAAUCUGAUGGAAUCCUGCAUGAAUGAUAAAUAUAUAUAUAUUUAACAGAGAGAAGCUUUACUGUAUGAUGGGAGAGUAUCUCCCAGUCCUUUUCUAAGUCUGUAGAAAUUCUUUCUUUCUCUCUGUCUAUCGGAAUAAAACGUUGUUGAAUUGGACAAUGACACAUUAUUCCACUGUAUUUUUGUAAGUCAUUCCAAAAUAAUGGUAGCAGAGAAAAUGUACCAUGAAACGUAUGCACUAUAUUAUUAUUAUUAUUAUUUGCUUUUUAUAUUGAUAAAUACACAUUACCGGUGGGUGGGGGUGUUGAACGGGUUUGUACAUAGCGGCCCCUAGUGGAGCUCUCGUGUCUUUGAUUUCCCAAAAGAAAAAAAUAAAUAGAUAAAUAAAUAAAGAAAAUAUAAAAAGAGGAGAAUGUACAGAAGAGAGAAAGGGAGAAUUUCUCAGCUUUUAGAGUUAAUUAUAAUAAAUUAUUAUAGGUAAAUAUAUAUAAUGAUGGUAAUGAUGAUGAUUAUAAGAGAGUGAAUCUCUUGUAAACUUGUUUUAUGUGUUUGGAGUCAGCUGUGGUCACUUUGGGUACCAUUAUUGUAUUCUCAUUUGUUUUUCUCUGUUUGCUGUUCGGGUCCUGGGAUUGUGAACACAAUGCAUCUGCUUCAAACAGCUGCAUUGUGGGACAGAUGCCAUGGCAUUGAAAACCAGUUCUUAGCUCCAAGCACCAAGAGCCAUGUGAGGGCUGAGACUGCUACCCUUCUGAAUGACUAAGAAGGCAGAAUGGAGGGGGGGGCUUGUGUGGCAUUGAGUGCUGGACCACAUUGGCUUUUUGUGGUUCUGACCUGUUUAUAGUGAAAGUAGCAUGAACAUGGAGGCAGGUCUGCACCAAGGGUGUAGAUUUGGGCAUGGACGGCAAGGACAUGCCCCUACCAAAAUUUUGGGAUUACCAUGUAUAUUUAGAGGGACGGGGGGCCGAUUUGGUCCCUACCAGUGUUGAAAUCAAACUCAUGCCUUUGGCCUGCACCUUCAACUGAUCCUCACAACUGGGGUUCUGAACUGGACUGAAACCAUACUGGAGGGGUCAAGCUUCAGCCAAGCUGAUGUAGCCACACCUUCUCAAAGACCCAACAGCGACCCCUGAUCCCAGAUUCCAAGCCCUCAAUGUGUUUACCUGACCUGAAAAAAAAAUUGUGCUUGGAGGCAUCCUGUACCAAUCUGAGGCACUUCUCGAACUCAGUUUAAGAAUGUUUCGUUCAGUUUCCUGCUUGCCUGAAGGUGAUGGAAUGCACACUUUCCGUACACUAUGAAUUUCAAGAUGUCUGACUGUGUUUGUAGUUCCAAAUUUGGGUGAACAAACAAUAAUCGGAAUAUCGGUCAUUAAAGGCAUGAUCAAGCACCUCAAAAUCCUUUCCAAAAUUUACCCUGGGCAUCUGAUUUCUGAAUGCACUGAAAACAUCCAGAAACAUAAGGAAACACACUAGACAAUGUGAAGCAGUGCUUCUUAAAGCUACAUGUAUGUGAAAUGUGAAACAGGUGAGUGUUGGUUGUUCAUUGACUGUAGGGUGGUGCUGUUGAGUCUUUGGGGAGCAACUUAAGAGGACAGGGCUCUUCAUUAUUUUUAGACACCAGGAGGUGCUGUAACGAUAGCCUGCUGUCCUUAGUUUCAUAAUCUGAAGCUGUUCACCCAUUUGUUUUUACUGAGCUGGAGACAAGAAGACGUGGCCUCUUCAGUCAUACUUGACUUUAGUUUCCCCUGGGCUUUCGAUGCAGUGAGCAUGUUCUUCACUGUCAUCAAGCACACCAGCCAGCAGUAUGCUGAUUGGUUAGCACUACUGCCACCUUCAUCUCCGUCACCAUCAUCAUCAUCGUGAUCAUCAUGGUUAUCACUGCCAUUCUGUUUGUUGUCGUUUUCACACCAGUUGGCCCUCUGGUAUCUGUCACUUCACCUAAUUUUGAGCUGUUCAAAAUUGAAUAGAGCAUUAUACAUUAAAAUAUCCACCCUAUAAAACAUAGAUACUUUUGCACGUGAUUCAGUCCAUAUAGAUCUUAGCAUACACAAUCUUCACCUUACUUAAUAUUACACUAUCAUAACAUUACCUGGAUAUUGUAAAGUUCUGAAUGUAUCUAAAAAGGUCUCAUUUUAUGCAGAUGUAGCGUCCCAGAAGGAAAAAAUACAGCAGGUUCUCUGGUUUGUCGUCAUAAAUUUAAAAUGACAUCACUACAACGUUCGCAAGAUUCGCAUUUCUCUGACUUUUCUUGUGAUAAAUCUUCACAAGGCUCUCUUGGAUCCAAAAGCAGUUGUCUGCAGUAUCUUUUCUCCCUGUAUCCAUCUAAAGUGUCACGGGACAUGAGGCUGCUGAAAUAUCUAAGCUGCUUCUGUCUUAGACUUCCAUUGAUCACAGGUCAUUUUCAUUCAAAAUUAAACUUAUAUCUCAGAUUUUAACUAUUUUUGCUGUUUAUUGGCACAACAGUGAUUAUAGAAAGACAACAAAGACACUCAGAGAAGUUAAACCUAAGACACACAGUGUUUCUGCUGAGAAAUAAUAAUGACUUUCUGCAGUGCAAACUUUUGGUUGUUUCUUGCCAUUGUAGUUGGUCCAAAUUGUGUCUUUGUGUUUUUGAGUCAGUGAAGUAAUGGAAGGAUAUCAGCUACAGUGAUUCCCUUCCCAUCUCAUCUCAUUUCAUUGCCUUGGCCCACCAAGAUUUUUUUUUGAGUACUUCUAUAUCCCCCCUAAGCAGUCUCCAUCCAGUCUCAGACCAUUUGCUCAGCCUAAAACUCGCAGACCUGAGAAUUGUGUCUUCUCUCUAUCAUGUCCUGCAAGCCUGUAGAUUCGCCUCUGGCUGACUCUGAGCCUUAAUCAGUCCCAGUGACUGCUGGUAUGAGGUUUUCCCAGUGACAGACAGGAGACCCAAUGGAAGAGAAACCCCAUCCGUUUGGGUCAACACUCUCCAGGAACAGAUCCCAAAGCUGAAGUUGCCAUUCAUGAGGCAAAAAUCUCAGCAGGAUUGGAGAAGACGGCAAAGCUUUUCCCUGCAUAAAAAGGCUGUCUUCCUAACUGGGAAUAUGCAUUGCUGAGUUUUCUACCUGUUUUCUAGUACGUUCUGUUUCUUUUUAUAUGUGUAUUGCCUGUAUGUUCCACUAGUGUUGGUUAUUACCCCAGCCGAUUUGGUAGUUUCUAGCAACUUCUAGUUAUGAGGAUAACAUAGAGGAAGUUAAUUAAGUGUCCUUGGAUUGACAUGAAAAAAAAACACACAACUGCUGGAUUGUGCUUUUCUUUCCUCUCAGGUCUUGCAAGAAUUUCACAAAUGGCCAAGUCUUUCCUGUCAGUUAAAAAAAAAAAAUCCUUCGGUUUCAAGUGAUCUAUUAUACCGUAUAUUUUUCUUUCCUAAAACUUGCACUUAAUAGUGAGUAUGGAUGGGUCACAUGGAUAAGCAAGUCCAUUCCAGCUCCAAGUGCCGCAUGUUCAUCGAUAAAUAAAUGGAUAAAUGCUACCUUUUGAAGUGUGAUUCCAAGAUGACAGACACAGUGCGUGUACUGCCGUCUGUGCUCCACAAACGGUGUUUCUAAGGUUGUGUCACACGGCCAUCCUUCAAAUUUGCAUGUUUUUUUUUAUUUCUUUAAAAGUUGCCCCUGCUUGGUCUUUUCCAAACUUUCCUUCUAUAUGAAACUGUUGGAAUUCUGUCCCUUCCCAGCCUCACUCUCCCUCUUCCCUAAGAUAAGCGCUUGUUUAAAUCAAUAUGCUCAGCCCUGCCCUUCUGUUGAAGACUUUAUCCCCCUGAAAGUUUUGUGAGUCUUUUGAGGAUUUGUUCACGUUGACUCACUUUUAUAAGGGUUUCUCUGGAACACUGCGUCACGUUGCCACCCAACCAGUCUCCUGUCUCGGUACAGAAACACCUACUUCUGUGUUAUGGUACACACCGCGCCUCUUAACGGAAAGCACACAGAGCAGGCCAGACGUCACAGCCCUCCGUAACGGCUGCGCUUGUACGUUCGUAUUUGGGGUCCCUGCCACGUUCAGAGUGCAUUGAUUCCAGUGCCUUAAAACCAUAAAUUCCAUCACUGUCACCACCAGCCUCCCCCCCCCCAGAUGCCAUGUUUUUAUAUCUGAGUGACUGGCACACAACAACAGGAUAGGUAGAUCUUUUAGAUGUUCAUUGGCAUAGAAUGGUUUUCACUCACCCCCUUCCCGUUCCUCAAACCACCUCUCCUCAUCCAAAAGUCAUGCCUGCUUGAUAGCCCUCCAUAGCCCUCCAUGAGACAAAGCUUUGAAUCAUGAGAACAAUUCAGAAGUAAGAUUUGCGAUGAGUUGCCCUUUCUGUUCUCACGCUGGGUGGGUGGGGCUCUUGGGGUCGAUCACCUUCCUUUCUGUACAUUUGUUCUUAAAAUCAUUGUUUGUAUCGGUCAUAAACCUUCAGGAACUACUUCCAUUGUGUCCAUUCUUUUUUUUGUAAUUCAUUGUCUCUCCAUCUCUACAAUGUCAGUAUGUCAGUGUCAUGCCUGUUAGACGGUGGCUUUUGUAAGAGACAUCACAUACGUUUCUAGACAUAGAUUUUCCUGAUUUUAUAAUACACUCUUCAACAUACAAUCCCCAGGGUAGUAUGGUUGGUACUGUAACCAGCACAUGCAGAAAUUUAUUGUCACUCUAGGUAACAGUAAGCGAUAGAAGCAACCAGUCAAAUAGGUCAAUUGGAGGCAGAGGAACAGCGUGAAUAUAAACAAUGAAUUUCAGGAUUUUUAAAAUACCGAGGUCAGAAGUGAUAGCCCUUCGUAGGUGUGCCUCACGGAUCGUAGUUAUUGGAUAUGCAGCAUAAAUAUUGAGAACUUGACUGUGGUGCCCUCAAUGGUAGGUACGGGCAUGAUGAAUAUGCACUAUUGGAAAUGGGUACCCAGAAGGUGCCAACAUGCAAAAUUAUGGCAAUGACCAUCUCAAUAAGUAACUGACGCAAAGACCCUUGUAGCUAGAGUACUUGCUCUUAAGUAAGCCUGUUGAUGUCUGAUCUUGUUGGAUCACCUGAGUGUUGAGCUUGUGUGUCAGGAAGCCAACCGAGAUGCAGUGGACAACAGAAGUCAGGACGACUUUGACUGGCUUGGUCUUGGUCACUCUGCCUUUCAGGCCAGACAUAGCUGUUUGCUGCCCUAACCGUAUCUGCGAUGAAGCAGAUAUAAGUUUGGCGUUUAAGCUAGCUGCGUUGUGUGCCUAUGUUGAGCACCAGAGUAAAUACGCAUUUCUGGGAGGCGUCUUCCCCCUGUCACAGUAAAAGGCUACCCUUCUCUCAGCAUCUCUCAUCUCAUUACCUCACAUUUCCAGAAUAACACCACCAGUCCAUCAAAUGAAUAUGUACCUAAACGCAGGAGCCACCAGGGAAUUCAAAAGACAAAUCAGAAGAGGUGAUUGAAGACGAAAACAAAAAAAAAAACUACUUACAGAACUGCAUGUGCAAAGUGCAUGCCACAGUGUGGGCUCAUCUUCAGGAACAAAAGAAUAACAGAAAAGUACACAUAUAAAUAUAGAUGCUUUUAAAAGCAACGUGUUCUUUAUUCUAUUUUUAAAAGCAAGAAAUGUAUAUUUUAUUUCUAUAGCCAGAUGUUCACAGGGGCCUGGUGAAUUAGACAGAAGUCAUUGAAAUGUCUAAAAACAAACAAAACAAAAAAAUAGUUAAAUCACUCCUGUUGAGCAUAAGAAGCUGCCUGAAUCUGAUUAGCUUACUUAUUCUGGGUAAGAGAUCUCUCUCCGUCUUGCUGUCUUUCUCUCUCUUACUCUCUGCAGUUUCUAUCAGUGCAUUUUGUAAUUCCAGAAAGAAUUCUUCCCACUGAAUCAGAAUAAACCAGAGAGAAUGCA